CGACACCCAUGAACCCGCUCUGCCGCUGCCUGCAUUCUCGAGCGUUCGUCUUCGUGUACAGCAGCAGAUAGAACACGUCUCGCGCGCCAACCAUUAUUCCGCGUCUCGUGUACGUUCUACUACAAUCGGUUCUCACCUUCGUGUAAUCCAUUUCUCUACAAUUUUCCGUUUUUUCUACUUCUUUACGUCACCAUCAAUAUACUCCUUGUCUCAGUUUAAAGUCUCAGUUGGUUUAUACAGUGUUGCUACGCGCUGUGAUUUCCGUCACAGAGUUGUGCCGCAAUUCUUUUCGCGACCGAGUUAAGAGUCGAAAAGCGUCAUUGCAAAUCUAACGGUGUGUUUAAAAUUUUUUUUAUUCUUGUAAGGAAAACAAAUCCGUGCAGUGAAUUGAACAGUGCACGUUUUGUUGGUGUUGUGUGUACAUUGGAUAUAGUUGUUUUUUUAAACGUGGAACAUGUACUAGGGGGCGGAGCACAUACACAGUUCGUGAAGUGAAAGUUUUUUUAAGUGGUAAAAGAGCACCGCAAAAAUGAUGGGCAAACGUACCCAGUGUUAUUUGUGCGAUCUACCCAGGAUGCCCUGGGCAAUGAUUAUGGAUUUUUCAGAGCCCGUCUGUCGGGGUUGUGUCAAUUACGAGGGGGCCGACAGAAUAGAUCUCGUCCUGGAAUCAGCUAAGCAGUUGAAGAAGGCCCACGGCUUUCAGGAUUCACGACCUUCUGCUUCGAAAACAUAUAGAACGUCUACACACACUGAACAUAACGGUGGCACGAACCUGGACGUUCUUCCCAUACAGAAUGCCGGGCAGAGCCACUCACGGCAUCACAACAUUGCUGGAUACUCACAGCUGCACCAUAGAAACUCCAUAACGGAAUUCAACUCCGGUUCUAGACAGCAGCUGACUCGACAGCAUGAGGAAACUCAUGAGAUCGCUAAUGGCUUGAGAAACAAUAGUGUCCAGAGAAUGUCGAAUGCUCAUCUAGCCGCAGUGGCUCAUCACGUUAAUUUGAGUCACAAUCGUGGAAUCACUCAGCUCAAAAGAGGAAUUUCCACGAUCGAUGAGGAUGAGCACGCUGAAAAGCGUCUCUCUCUCGAGGAACAGCAUCCUGUUAGGCCACCCUUGACAAGGGGAGAUUCCCUUCCUGCAGUGAGUCUUGCGGUCAGUUACGUGCAAGAUAGAACCAAGGAAAAACAUCCCGUGAGGGCUCCCAGUUUUGAAACGGCCACUACUUUCAAGGCCAAUGGAGGAUAUGUUGGGCCAUCGAUUCCUUUAGCUCCUGCAAAUGUGGCAACAAAUGGAGGGGGAUCUCCUCUUCGACCAAGAACGAGUCCUCCACCACCACCACCGCCACCUCAAGAAAGUGCAGGGGAAACUCAACAAGCUAAUCAUCAUCAGGGAGCUACAAGUGGUCAGUCUCCAAUGGCCGCCCUAAUGUCGGUCGCAGAUAAUCUCACGUCUCCAGAAUCAGUACCACAACCACCAAAUAAUAAUAGUCCCACUAGUAGAAGCCCACCAACUACUGCCGCAAAUGUACAACAACAACAACAGCAACAACAACAACAACAACAACAACAGCAGCAGCAACAACAACAACGCAGUGCUUCGAGGGGAUCUCAACACAGUCCGAAUGGUUCUGGGUCAUCUGGUAGAAGGUCAAGUGGUUCUCGACAUGUAUCAUCAACAACAGUGACAACGUCUUCAGAAGGAGCAGUAGCACAAUCAGCUGGAACUGAACCAGUCUCUGCGCCAACUUUGAAAUGCACAUUGUGCCAGGAACGUUUAGAAGACACGCACUUUGUUCAAUGUCCGAGUGUUCCACACCAUAAAUUUUGCUUCCCCUGCAGUCGAGAUAGCAUAAAAAGGCAGGGUGCUGGAUCAGAGGUAUAUUGUCCGAGUGGUGAAAAGUGUCCAUUGGCUAACAGUCAAGUACCGUGGGCUUUCAUGCAGGGAGAAAUUGCGACAAUUUUAGGUGAAGAUACAGCAAAUACUGGUCUUAAAGUAAAGAAGGAGCGAGAAACUUAAAAACCUUAAUUAAAAUGUAUUGAGGCUACAAAUUGUGCUACUCUUAAUUGGGUAUUUUUUUGGUGAAACCGUGAAGGUUCAUCAAAAUUUUCUUUUGAUAAUGAUAUCAGACUUAGACAUUGGUUCGAAGGACCAAUAGUCGAUAAGAGCCGAAGACGUGGAUGUGAUUUACCUGUGAUGUUAUUUUGAGUCGAUUGAAAAUUUUGUAUCACAACAUUUUCGAAUGUUGCGUCCAAGUUACCGCAAGAGAUGCAUUGGUUGGAUUUUGAGCAGCAGUCUUUGGCAUUCGUGUGAAUGGUUUCGGCUCUGUACAUACAUGUGAUAUGGGGGAGAGAAUUGUAUAAAAGAGCAAAUUUUUUUUUUCAUCGUGCUCUCGGGAAAUGUGAAAAAAUGAGUCAGGAUAUUCUGUUCUUUGUCAAAUACGAGGAUUUACAUCUUUUUGAACUCGUACUUAGGCUUGAUCGCCUUUUCUUUAUUGUAUUUGUAUCUCAAGCUCCGUGGAGCACAUUUGUAAAAAGUUCUUUCGAUUUAUUUUGUACCAUAUUUUUAGCUACCGAUUCAUUUCGGUUCCUUUGUGACGAUAGAAUCGUCUAAUAAGUCGUCGAUAUCUCUCGACAUUCUUUUUUUUUUCUUGUAUAAUAAGCACUACUAAAUAAAAAAAAUAAUAAAAAAAAAAAAAAAAAAAAAAAAAACAACAACCCAGCGCUAGGGUUUUAUGUAAAUUCUGUAUAUGUGUACAUAUUUUUAUGAUAUAAGUUAAAAAAUAAAAUCGUAAGAUUAAAGAGUAACCAUCUUUCAAUGUACAAAAGAUCGUCAUUUCAUGCUUUCUUUAAAUUAUUAUUCGUAGAUUUUGGACAAAUCGUGUCCGUAGUGUUGCUGUUUUUAUCGAAAUUUCACCAACUACUGUAUUUCCCUUAAGAUGAGUCAGAAUGAGUCUCUCUUAUAUAAAUUCUAUCUGAAACAAUAUUAUGUUGCCUUUAAUUUAAACGCUAGUCUUUGAGAAAGUGCUUUUUGGUUUUAUAUUUCUUAGAUUGAAAGAAGACAUUGGUCUUUUUAUAUAGGAACCGCACACUCGCUACGCCUGAGAAAUAGAAACUAAUCGUGUUUCACUGGCGUCCGGGGACUUUUGUAACAUGUGCACGUUCAGCGAGCCCUGGACGUGCAGAAUAUUGUGUAUAUAUUUGUACAAAGGAACAGGACAAACUAUAAUUGUAUAUGUAUAAGCGUAUAUUUGCAAGAUUAUGCAAAAAAAGAAAUCAGAGACAUUGCAAAUCCUUUAACGACUUUCAAAAACACAUGUGCGCAAUAGUCUCAGGUAGCUUUUUGCAAAUUGUACUUUUUAAAUUUGGUUCGAUAGUCAAACGACGAAAUAAAGUGAAGGGAAAAAGUAAAAAAAAAAAAACUACCCGAACCAGCAGUAAAGAUAUCUUUUCUGCUAAGAAGAUUUUUAAAAAGGCAUGAUUAACUUUUAGUAGUGCAUACAGCGACCGUACGUGAUUUUUCUCAUCCCUGUUGGUAGUUCCUACCCUUUGAUGCCAAUACAACUUUUUAAAAAUAAAAUACACUUCUCUUCCUUAAAGGAAUAGAAACGAAAUAUUGUAUUUUUUCUAUGUUCGUGGACGUUUUAUAGAAAAAGCUACAAAAAAGUCAAGUAUGUAACAUCUUUUUGAAAAACUUUUUUCAAAGUGAACGCUUGUUAUCGAUAAAUGAAAACGCUCCUCAAAUGAUAAGGUACUUUCGUCCGAUUUUCUUAUAAAAAAGGCUCAGAUUUGUUAAAAAUAAAUAUAUCCGAAUUGUUGAAAAACAAAGUAAACCUAUAAAAUAACAAUUUCUGAUAAUCAAAAGUUGCACGAAACGGCAGACCACGAAAUUUAUAACUAGUUAUUAAUUUUGGACAAAUUACAAUUCAUUAACUAUUAUCAAGAAUUAUUAUUUCAACAAUUUCACAAAAUCACCUUUUUCAACAAGUAUGACAUUGAAUGUUUAAUUAUUCAUCAUUUCCAGACAAAAGAAAAAAAACACUUUUAUACUUUGAACAAAUUAUAAAAUAUUAUGUGGAAAUUUGAUUCAAAUACUUAAUUAUAAUAAUAAUUAGUCUAGGAAUGAAGAAUAAUUUUAUUUUUUUCGCGCAUACUUUGUUACGUACAAAGUAGGCACGUCUUCCUAAAUACACAUUAACUUAAAUGAUAAAAAUUGUUUUCUAUAUUUCUUGUAUGAUCACAAAAGCGUACGUUGAAUAGCAAUUGUAGUAGUGGAUAAUAAAAAUUUUCUAGUGUACCAUAUUUCGAGAAACGCGUUACACUGUACUGUUUAUCGUAUGUAUACAACAAGCAAAAACAAAAUAUAUGUGUUGAUGUGUAACCAA